AUGGCAUACAGUCUAUCACACUCCUAUUUUGGAGACGCCUUCGUCUCAGAUUUCAACUGGUUCAAUGGAAAUGACCCCUCCCACGGUUUUGUCCGAUACCAAAGCGAACCCGACGCUCUGGGUCAGGGCCUCUACUCGGUCAACCCCAUCUCACAAGCCGUCAUUCUUGGCGUCGACCACACCAACACAUUCGCCGUCGAUGAGGGCCGCCCCAGUGUGCGCCUAGAGAGCAAGCAGGCGUACAACCAUGGCCUGUUCAUCGGUGACUUUGCCCACAUGCCGCCUUCCGUCUGCGGUCUGUGGCCGGCGUUCUGGAUGUACGGGCCCGACUGGCCCAACAGCGGCGAGAUUGACAUCAUCGAGGGCGCCAACCUGGCCACGAGGAACCUCAUGUCGGGACACACCUCCACAGGCUGCACGUUGCCCCCGGCUGCUGGCCAGGUGCUGGGCCAGCCCACGACCACCGACUGUCUCUCGCCCGGCACCAACAACAAUGCGGGGUGCGGCUACGCCGCCGACCCCCUGAACCAGGCCAGCUACGGCGACGCCUUCAAUGCCGUGGGCGGUGGCGUGUACGCCAUGGAGUGGACCGAGGACGACAUCAAGAUCUGGCACUGGUCGAGACAGAACAUCCCCGCCGACAUCAUCAACAAGCGACCCACGCCCGAGACCUGGGGCCUGCCCUCGGCGCUCUUCGGCGGCGACAGCUGCGACACGGACAAGCACUUCGCGAACAUGAGCAUCGUCCUCCAGACCAACUUCUGCGGCGACUACGCCGGCGCCGAGUGGCAGAACGGCCAGUGUGGCGAUCUCGCGCCGACCUGCGUCGACUACGUGUCCAGCAACCCGCAGGCCUAUGCCAACGCCUACUGGGAGGUCAACUACAUCGACGUCUUUGAGCUCGCCAGCCUCGGUGCCGGCGCCCCCUCGCUCUCCGUGGAGCCCACGACGACGACCACCGUGGCGACGACGUCGACCAUCUUCGUCACCGUCUUCCCCACCGGCCACAACGGCACCGCCGUCACGUCUGCCGUCGUCGCCACGCUUCCCGUGCCCUCCAGCAUUCCUGCCGGCGUCUUCCCCCCCGGCGUCCAGCCUUCCGCGUCCGCCCCGUCCCGGGCGCCCGCUGCCGGCCCGAAGAGCCCUGCGACCGACCCCAUCGUCCCGGCGCGCGACCCGGCCGCCAUCGGCCCCUUUGCCUUCCUCGGCUGCUUCGCCUCGACCAGCAGCUUCCCCACCUUCCAGCUGAAGCAGACGUCGGCCGCCAUGACGCCCAAGACCUGCGUCGCCCUCUGCGCCGGCAGUCGCUACGCCGCCGUCCACGACGACGCGUGCCUCUGCGCCACGUCGCUCGACGGCGAGACGCGCGCCAUCGCCAACCGCGCCGAGUGCAGCAUUCCCUGCCCCGGCGACGCCAGCUCGUUCUGUGCGGCACCCGGCCGACGCGCGGCGCCAAGCGCGCGCUCCCCUCCAACUUCCUCGUCAGCCUCUACGGCACCGUCGGCGGACCGAACGAGGUGCCGGCGCCGGCGCCGGCCAUGGGCGAGGGCGGCGUCCACCCCCACGCCAAUGCGAACGCGAAUGUGA